AUGGCACCUGCUCGGAGGACAGGCGAGGCCCCUUCAGGACCGCAGGGGCCAACGCCUACUCCGCGCACCAAACAACGGCCGCCGCCGCCGCCAUUUUACCUACCAUUGAACAUCGCACUCUACCUUUGCAUUAUCACCAAUGUGAUUUCAGCCCUCUACGCGCCGAUACAGGAUUGUGACGAAGUCUUUAACUUCUGGGAACCAACGCAUUAUCUCAACCAUGGAUACGGGCUUCAGACGUGGGAGUACUCCCCGGUGUACUCAAUCCGAAGCUGGCUGUAUGUCUCUACACAUGCCCUGGUGGGCAAAAUCGGAUCGUUUGCUCUAAGCAGCAAGUCUGCAGAGUUCUAUGCGAUCAGAUGCUUCCUUGCGCUGGUGUGCGCUGCUUGCGAGACCCGUCUCUACUCCGCCAUCUGUCGCACCUUGAGCCCCCGCAUCGGCCUUCUCUUCCUCAUGGUCGUCGCAUUCACCCCGGGCAUGUUCCAUGCGUCAACCGCCUUCCUACCAUCUAGCUUCACCAUGUAUAUGUCGAUGCUGGGUCUGACGGCGUUCUUGGAUUGGCGAGAUGGCCAGAAAACGGCGCAGGGAAUCAUGUGGUUUGGGCUCGGGGCGAUUGUCGGCUGGCCGUUUGCCGGUGCUCUCAUGCUUCCUCUUCUACUGGAGGAGGUUGUCAUCGGCUUAUUGUCAUCAAACAUGAGAGGGAUGUUCUUAAGCGUCCUGGAUGGCGCGAUGAGGUGUUUUGUAAUUCUGGCUCUUGAAAUUGCCGUAGACUACGCUUUCCUGCGUAAACUUGUCAUUGUACCCUGGAACAUCGUUGCGUACAACGUUUUUGGCGGAGAGGGAAGAGGUCCCGAUAUAUUCGGGGUUGAGCCUUGGACCUUCUACAUCCGGAACUUGCUGCUCAACUUCAACAUCUGGUUUGCGUUCGCUAUGGCCGCUGCGCCGCUGCUUGCCCUUCAGGCGCUUUUCCGCCCCAAGGCGACUAGUGUGCAGACCUUGCUCAGAACCGUGACACUUAUCACCCCGUUCUACAUGUGGUUCGCCAUCUUCACAGCUCAGCCGCAUAAGGAAGAGCGGUUCAUGUUCCCAGCAUAUCCAUUCCUCGCACUCAAUGCGUCCAUCGCCUUCCACAUGAUUCUGUCGUUCGUUGGCUCCAGUAACCCCAAUGUGUCAGCUGGGAGUAUGUUACCGAAGAUCAAGCUGGCAGUGAUCAUGUCAAUAAUCCUAAUGGCCCUCAAUUCUGGUCUCCUGCGGAUUUUCGGGAUCAUGAGCGCCUACAAUGCUCCGCUGAAGGUAUUCGAACCGUUGGCACAGCCCGGGGUCGCCCAGCCAGGCGAUACGGUGUGUUUUGGCAAGGAGUGGUACCGGUUUCCCUCGUCCUUCUUCCUCCCCAGCGACCUGCGGGCCAAGUUUGUUCGCAGCGAAUUCCGAGGACUGCUUCCGGGUGAGUUUCCUGAGGCUGCGGACUUCUCUGCGCUCUUUGAAGGGACGUCGCGGAUUCCCACGGGCAUGAACGAUCGCAAUGAAGAAGAUCUCGGAAAAUACACCGACCUCUCGCAAUGUUCCUUCCUGGUAGACUCGGAGUUCCCGAGCCGGAAGGCAACCGAGCUGGAGCCAGAUUACAUCCACGAGGACACGCAGUGGGAGCAGCUGGCGUGUCAUAGCUUCCUGGACGCAUCCCAGACGGGUCUUCUGGGGCGGCUGAUCUGGACUCCGGAUUUGCCAAUCACCCCAGAGCCUCUUCGGCGGAAAUGGGGCGAGUACUGUCUGCUGCGGAGACGCAGCGACGUUACAGUAAACGCUGCAUAG